AUGGCCGCUGUCCAAGAAGACGAUCCUCCGCCCUCAAUCCGUUUCAAGCGUCGCAAGAUCGCACAUCCAAAGCGUGUCAACCUCGACGACGACGUCCCUACGAUAUCCACCCCUCAGACUCCCGGCGCUGCAACCCCGAGUGAUGCGCGCUCGCCGCCACAAGAGGCUCACGCGGAGGAAGAUUCUGUGCCAAAUCUGAGAGAGAUAUUGCGCAAUCGAAAGCGACCGCGCGACCGCCUACGAGAAUCUGCGCGCAAAGCAGAGCCCCCAAGGACAGAAGUCGCGCAAGUCAAUGCGCCGCGGCCAGACCAGUAUACCAGUCGUUUUGUUGCGCAGACAGGCCAAGUUGUGGAACGCGAUGAUAAGCAGAUGACGCAAUACGUAGAAGCUCGCAUGGCUGAACAGAACUAUCGACAGUAUGGCUGGCCCAUACCAACAAAUCUUCAAGCUGCAGUAGCAACGAUCGCGCCCGAUCUGAAGCACACGUUUACCGCGACUUCCUCUACCCAAGGAACACAAGGCGCAGCCGAUAACCCCGCGGAUAGGGACCACAGUAACCGCCUGGCGGCUGGCCAAGGCAAGCUUCAUGAAGUAGACCUAGGUCCAGAUGCUGCGGCGCGUACUGAGCAAGCUUGGAAACGACUCGACGGCACCGAGCCUGCCGAGGAGUCUAAAGCGAAGUCACGAUUAGACAAGUACGGAUACCAAUGGCGUAAACCAAAACGCAGGAACAGCGAUGCCAUGCGACGAGAACAAAUGGUUGAAGCAGUACUACGAGAAGCUAAACUGGACUACUUCGACGACACAGCGCCCACAAACCCGUUCUCCAACAACUCAGGCUCAAGUAACAACGAUGACGCGAUAGCUGAGCGUUUCCGGCUUGAGUAUUACGAAAACAUGCAAGAACAACAGCAACGCAAACCUCCUCCACCCGCGAGUGGUAUGAAGGGUGUGAAAGAAGCGCCGAAAGGACCCAAGUUGGGUGGCUCGAAGAGUGCACGAGCCAAGAUACUUAAGGCGCAAGAAGAAGCAGCUAAGGGGAAGAGGUAA